AUAUUCAGCCCCUCGGUGACCGCUUUGAACGACGAGCGUAGUAAAUGAUUCUGACGGCAUGACAUACGUCUAGGCUGCUUUCAUGGAGGUUCCCGGAGAUCGAGAGGGCGGGUACAAAAGGGCGCCUCCUCGCCCCAACCUCUUGCAUCAUCCUGACCUACAACGCCCAUCCCUGUAAACUCGCCUCUGAAGAGAAUCGCGUACCAGAACUCGAAUCAGCUAUGUCUUCCCCAAAAGUCGCCAUCGUAAUCUAUUCGAUGUAUGGCCAUAUUGCCAAAAUGGCCGAAGGCGUCAAGGCAGGCCUUGAGUCGGCCGGGGGUAAAGCGACCAUCUACCAAGUCCCGGAGACCCUGCCGGGCGAGGUGCUCGCGAAGAUGCAUGCUCCUCCCAAGCCUAGCUACCCGAUCAUCAGCCCCGCCGAGCUCGCCACCUUCGACGCCUUCCUCUUCGGUAUCCCCACACGCUACGGGAACUUCCCCGCGCAGCUGAAGGCCUUCUGGGACGCCACCGGCCAGCUCUGGGCGACCGGCGGGCUCGCGGGCAAGUACGCGGGGCUCUUCAUCUCCACCGCGUCCCCCGGCGGCGGGCAGGAGUCGACGGCCAUCGCGGCGAUGUCGACGUUCGCGCACCACGGGAUCAUCUACGUCCCGCUCGGGUACAAGAACGCGUUCGGGCAGCUGACGAACAUGUCGGAGGUGCGCGGUGGCUCUCCCUGGGGUGCGGGUACGUUUGCGGGCGGGGACGGGUCGAGACAGCCGUCUGAGCUCGAGCUCGAGGUUGCGCGGAUCCAAGGGAAGCAGUUCUGGGAGUAUUUGAGCCGGGUUAAGUUUUGAGUAGAGAUGGGGGUUGGAUUGUUAGAAUAUACUUGUAAUUGUUAGAGGAUCCGUGAUGAUCCUCCCUAGGACCCGAAUGCAAUAUAGAGAGCUUCGAGGGGCGUGUGAAGUGCAGCCACCCCGAUCGCGACCCGCUCCAAAUGUGGAAAUCCCGCCUUCGUCGCGUC